AUGAAGCAUUACAGAGCGCAAAACAGGCCAAUCUAUUACUUGGAUGAGACAUGGAUUAAUGCAGGCGAGACUCAUAACAGAACGUGGGUCGAUAGCACCGUCAAAUCAGCCCGUGAUGCAUUUCUCAGAGGCCUCACGACAGGACAAAAGGAACCCUCCGGCAAAGGUAAGCGUCUCAUCGUAUUACACAUUGGGUCAACAGAUGGUUUUGUGCCGGGGGGCCUUUUGUGUUUUGAAUCCAAAACGAAUUCUGCUGACUACCAUGAUGAUAUGAAUGGCAAUACAUUUUAUGAAUGGUUUGUCAAGACCCUGCCUUUACUGAAAGACAAUGCUAUUAUAGUAAUGGAUAAUGCAUCAUACCAUUCCGUUAAGAAAGAUAAAAUACCAGUUAUAGCUUGGAAAAAACAGGCAAUUAUUGAUUGGUUGGAGAGUAAAGAAAAUAACAAAAUCAUAUUGCGAUUACCUCCAUAUCACUGCGAGCUUAAUCCCAUCAAGCUCGCUUGGUUGUCAGUCAAAAAUUAUGUCCGGAAUCAUAACAACACCUACAAAUUGAAGGACGUACUCGAGCUGUUGAAGAAAGGUGUGGAUCACGUAACUCCGGAAAUAAGGACAAAUUUUGUGAAACAUGUGAAAAAGGUGGAAGAAGAGUUUUGGGACAUAGAACAUGUAACAGAUUCAGUAAUGGACGAAAACCCUGAAGAAGUAGAACGUCAUAUUCUAACAAUAGGAACAGGUGAUACAAGUUCUUCGGAUUCUGAUUGA